GACCCGACGCUCGGGUUAUCGCGAGAGGGGCAUUCGGCACUCAUUGGCUAUGAGGGUUGAAUGUAAGAUGGCGCCCAGGGAGCUGUGAGGGGAAAAUCCUGUCGGUCUUGGAGCGGCGACGGCAGAACCGGGUCCCGAAGCAGUGCAGCGGGGCCGGCGGGUAGAACGGCGGCGGCGGCGGCGACGUCGCCGGGAACCCUAAGGAAUCUACAAUAUGAAUAAUUCUCUGGAGAACACCAUCUCCUUUGAAGAAUAUAUCCGAGUAAAGGCGCGGUCUGUCCCACAACACAGGAUGAAGGAAUUUCUGGACUCACUAGCCUCUAAGGGGCCAGAAGCCCUUCAGGAGUUCCAGCAGACGGCUACCACUACCAUGGUCUACCAGCAGGGUGGGAACUGCAUUUACACAGACAGCACCGAAGUGGCCGGGUCAUUGCUUGAACUUGCCUGUCCAGUCACCACCAGUGUUCAGCCACAGACCCAGCAAGAACAGCAAAUCCAGGUUCAGCAGCCACAGCAGGUUCAGGUACAGGUGCAGGUACAGCAGUCUCCGCAGCAGGUUUCGGCUCAGCAGCUCUCCCCACAGCUUACUGUUCACCAGCCUGCCGAGCAGCCCUUCCAAGUCCAGGUGCAGAUCCAAGGCCAAGCACCACAGCCAGCGGCCCCUUCCAUCCAGACCCCAUCUCUGCAGAGCCCCAGCCCCUCGCAGCUGCAGGCAGCCCAGAUCCAGGUGCAGCACGUGCAGGCAGCUCAACAGAUCCAAGCUGCAGAGAUUCCAGAGGAGCACAUCCCACAUCAGCAGAUCCAGGCUCAGUUGGUGGCUGGCCAGUCUCUUGCUGGGGGUCAGCAGAUCCAAAUCCAGACUGUGGGUGCCCUUUCUCCACCACCGUCCCAGCAGGGCUCACCUCGGGAAGGAGAGCGACGGGUUGGCACAGCCAGUGUUCUCCAGCCAGUGAAGAAGCGCAAAGUGGACAUGCCCAUCACUGUGUCCUAUGCCAUCUCAGGGCAGCCAGUGGCCACUGUGCUGGCCAUUCCACAGGGCCAGCAGCAGAGUUACGUAUCUUUGAGGCCAGACUUACUGACAGUGGACAGUGCCCACCUGUACAGUGCCACUGGGACCAUUACUAGCCCUACAGGAGAAACCUGGACCAUCCCUGUUUACUCUGCCCAGCCCCGGGGAGAUCCUCAGCAGCAGAGCAUUACCCACAUUGCCAUUCCCCAAGAAGCCUACAACGCAGUUCACGUCAGUGGAUCACCCACAGCCUUGGCAGCUGUAAAGCUGGAGGAUGACAAAGAGAAGAUGGUGGGCACCACAUCUGUAGUGAAAAACUCCCAUGAAGAGGUAGUACAGACCCUUGCAAACUCUCUCUUUCCAGCACAGUUCAUGAAUGGCAACAUCCACAUUCCAGUAGCUGUGCAGGCUGUGGCAGGCACAUACCAGAAUACAGCUCAGACUGUCCAUAUAUGGGACCCUCAGCAGCAGCCACAGCAACAGACUCCCCAGGAACAGACGCCCCCACCACCACCACCACCGCAGCAACAGCAGCAGCAGCAGCAGCUCCAGGUUACUUGUUCUGCUCAAACUGUUCAGGUUGCUGAAGUUGAACCACAGUCACAGCCACAGCCUUCUCCAGAACUUCUGCUUCCAAAUUCUCUGAAGCCAGAAGAAGGGCUCGAGGUGUGGAAAAACUGGGCCCAGACGAAGAAUGCUGAGCUAGAGAAGGAUGCUCAGAACAGACUGGCACCCAUUGGGAGACGCCAGCUUCUGCGAUUCCAGGAAGAUCUCAUCUCUUCUGCUGUGGCUGAGUUGAAUUACGGGCUCUGUCUAAUGACACGAGAAGCUCGAAAUGGAGAAGGUGAACCCUAUGAUCCGGAUGUACUCUACUAUAUUUUCCUGUGCAUUCAGAAGUAUCUUUUUGAAAAUGGACGGGUUGAUGACAUUUUCUCUGAUCUUUAUUAUGUUCGAUUCACGGAGUGGCUACAUGAAGUUCUGAAGGACGUUCAGCCCCGAGUCACUCCACUUGGUAACUUCCUGCGCAGAGUGUUAUGUUUGAAAAAACAUGAGUUUUGCAGUAGAAUAUCUGGGUGUUUACUUUUUAAUAAACUUUAUUUUUUAGAGCACUUACAGAAAAAUACAGCAAGAGGUACAGAGAAUUCCCAUAUACCCACUCACAGUAUUUCCCUAUUACUAUCUUGUAUUAGUGUAGUAUACUUAUUGUAAUUAAUAAAUCAAUGUUGGUACAUUAUUAAAACCCUAUAGUUUACAUUAGGGUUCACUCCUUGCAUUGUACGUUUAUGGGUUUUGACAAAUGUAUAACAGCAUGUAUUAACAAUUACCACAUCACACAGAAACUUCGCUGCCCUCAAAUCUGUGUGUUCCACCGGUCAUCCCUGUCUCCCUCCCCCGAGUCCCUGGGAACCACUGCUCUUUAUACUGUCUCCAUUGUUUUUGACUUUCCCACAAUGUCACAUAGUUGAAAUAAUUUAGUAUGUGGCCUUUUCAGAUUUUUUUUCACUUAGCAAUAUGCAUUAAUGUUCCCGCGUGUCUUUUAGUGGCUUGAUAGCUCAUUUCUUUUUAUUCCUGAUAAUAUUCCAUUGUAUGGUUGUACCACAAUUUGUUUAUCCAUUCACCUACUGAAGAACUUCGAAAUGUUGGCAAUUAUGAAUAAAGCUGCUAUAAACAUUGUGUGCAGGUUUUUGGUGAAAGAAGAGGCAGAUAGAUCAAUGGAACAGAAUAGAGAGCCCAGAAAUAGAGCCACAAAAAUAUAACCAACUUACCUUUGACAGAGGAGCAAAGGGAAUUCAAGGAAGAAAGGAUAUUUUCAACAAAUGGUGCUAGAACAACUGGACAUCCACGUGCAAACAAAUGAAUCUCGACACAGACCUUACACCCUUCACAAAACUAACUCAAGAUGAAUCACUGACCUAAAUGUAAAAUGCAAAAUUAUAAAACUCCUCCUCCAGGUAACAUAGGAGAAAAUCUAGGUGACCUUGGGCUUGGUGAUUACUUUUUAUAUACAACACUAAAAGCACUGUGGUGCAUGGGGAAAAAAAUGGUAACUUGGACUUCAUUAAAAUGAAAGACUUCUGCUGUGUGAAGACACAGUUAAGAAAAUAAAAAAAUGAGCCACAAACUGGGAGAAAAUCUUUGCAAAACAUAUAUCUGAUGAAGGACUGGUACCCAAAAUAUCUAAAGAACUCUACCACUCAGCAGUAAGAACACAAACAAACUGGUUAACAAAUUGGCAAAAGAUGGACAGAUGCCUCACUAAAGAUGCAUAGGUGGACGAGAAAUAUAUGAAAAGAUGCUUAUUUUAUUUCAUCAGGAAAUUGCAAAUUUUAGAAUGGGUAAAAUUUCAAACUGGCGGCAUCAAAUGCAACAAAAUAACCCUCAUUCAUUGCUAGUGGGAAUGCAGAGUGGUACCACUUUGUAAGACAAUUUGGCAUUUUUGUACAAAAGUACACAUUUCCUUACCUGUGAUCCAGCAAUCAUGCUCCUUUGUAUUUACAUUGAAAAAAAUUCUAGUUAACAUCUGUCACCACGGAUGUUUGUCACUUAAAUGCACCCCCCCAAAAUUACCAGCUAAAUAUUUUUGAGUUCCUGCUUUAUGUCAGGUAGUAUUCCAGAUGUAUAGAAAAUGAGCCUACAGUUUAAUAGAGACAGCAGAUAAUCUAAUUAAUAGUCAAAAUAAUUUAUGGUUAGGGAAGUGCCUUGAAGACAAGGGAAUGGGAAAUGUUAAGGGCACUGGAAGGGAGGCCUCUCUCUCUCUGAGGGGCUGUCAUUAGAAUGGAGAUUUGAGUGAGGGAGUGAGUUAGCCUUGCCACAUGAUUUGCAAAGUUUCAAGCUAAGUGUAGGCAUGCAGAAUAUGCUUUUAAAAACUUUUUAUUGUGCAAUUUUAAGCACAUAUGAAAGAAAAAAUAGGUUAAUGACACUCCCAUGUACCUGCUAUUUAUUCAUGGUAAAUCUCAUUCUAUAUAUGCACCACUUAUUCCCCCUCCUGUGUUACAAUAAAUCCCAGUUGAAGUAAACCCCAGACACUCUACUCAUAAAUGUUUUAAUAUGUAUUAUUGACAUACCACAAUGCCAUUAUAAAGUUUUUAAAAAGAUAAUUAUAUAAUGCCAUCCAAAUCUCUAUCCUCUGAAUUUCUAAUUGUCUCAUAAAUGUCAUAAUUUUGUUUGUCUGGGUCAAGGUGUCAAUUCCAUGUGUGAAAUUGCUGGUAAACCUUUUAAUGUUUUGUUUCAGUCUUUAAUUUCCUCCUUGAUUUUUUUCUUGCAAUUGUUUAUGGGAGAAACUAGCCUUUUAAAUUGUCAGUCUAUAUUUUGGUGAUUAUAUCACCAUGGUGUAGUUUGACAUACUCUUCUGUCCUCUGUGUUUACAGUUCAUUGGGAGUUGCAUAUAAAGACUCAAAUGAUCAGAGAGAGAGAGAGAGAGUGAGAGUGUGUGUGUGUGUGUGUGGUUUCUUUUUGGCAAGGUUACAUAAUACAUGGGUUUAUUUUCAUCAGAUGCCUAUCAUGUCUGGAUCCAUUAAUUUAUUAGUUGUAAAAGGUGGUACUCUAAUGUUAUUACUUCUUCAUUAUUAGCUAAACAGCAAACUUCUUGUCAAUUCAGUUCCUGGCAGUGCAAAUUGUGUAGAAAAGGGAGGGGUAGGGCCCACUUCUACUCCUUUGUUUAGCAGCUUUCACAGUUGCAGUCGUGACUUGUUUCACCACCUUUCCCUGGUAGUGGCCAGUUAGCUGGGUGGGUUUGUUUUUGGUCUUUAGCAGUCAUUGUGAGCUAAUGAAUUUAAACAUAUUUAAUAUGUUUCAGUAUGUUGCAAUUAUUAUUUUUAUUUUAUUUUAUUUUUUUAGUUUACUGAUGCUCAAAUUGUCCCAUCUGUGGUCAUUUGGAGCUUCUUUAAAUUGGUCCUUAAGUUCUUUUGACACAACCCUUCUUUGAUCUCUGGUUUUCAAAAUGUUUCAGGCUCAUCUUGGGCAUUUUUUUGUACCAGCGUAGAAUCAGUUCAUUCUCCAUGGAGCCUGUUUUUGUUUUGUUUUUGAUGUUGUUUUUUUGUAAAUGGUAUUUCCAUAUGAAACCCAAGUCUGGGUGCUGGGUGUGCUCCUUUCUCCUGAAUUGAUCAUUUGUUUCUAGGCCUUUAAAGUGGGCAGAAUUGAAAAUACAAAAAACAGAUCAUUUUCAUACUUGUAGUUCACAACAGAACUUCAAGGAUUUUACAUGAUAUCUAUAUAUAUAUUACCCAUCUCCCAUGCCAGGAGUUUUAGUUUCCAUGCAUUAAGUUUGUAGUGUUUAGAAGCAAUUAAAGCCCCGGCCACUGUGGCUGAGUCCCUUGGAAUGCUGUCUUGUAACCAAAAGGUUGUGGUUUUCUUCCUAGUCUGGGGGCACGUAUGAUCCCUGGUCCAGGUGCAUACAGGAGACAACCAACUGAUGUUUCUUUCUCUCCCUUUCUGUCUCUCUAAAAGCAAUGGAAAAAAUGUCCUCGGGUGAUGAUUUAAAAAAAAAAAAAGCAGCAGGGAUUAAAGUUAACAAAAGUGACAUCAGGUGGGAGAGUGAAUCCAGAGAAAAGAGGGCAUGCCAAGGCAUGCCUGGGUGUGCCUGGGACCACUCCUAGGCCCCACCUUCCCUGAGGAAGGCUGUCUGCUGGCACUCACCUUCUGCAGACAUGGCUAAGAGCAGGAAAGCUUAUCUCAUUGUCACUGGACCACAAAAUAUGAGUAGAGGCACAGUGGCCCUAGAGAGAUGGAAAUGCACUAUUGGAGUCUGAGCCAGCUUUGGCAAGAACAGAGGAGAGGAAUGUAUUGGGCUUUCUGCUUCAAAAAGAGGCACUGUCACUGCUUGUUUGGAGAGUUCCAAGAUUCCUGCAGGAGUGCCGGUGUCCACUGCAGCUGGUUCACCAGGCCCACAGGGCCUGGCACACGAAUAUCUGCACCUUGACUGCUGAAUGAGCACAUGGGGGUUUGGUGAUCCAACGACUGGCCUUUGUUCCUGACCAGCUCUCAGUUCAUUCACGGACCAGGGGCUUACAGGAAACCUACCUGCCUAGUGGGGGACAGCUGUAAUAGUUCUUUCCGAAUGGCAGUCUCCCCUUUACCCCGAGGGGAUGAGAAUGGGUUUGCUUUCUAGAGAUGGAAGGCAUGACAGAGGGUUUAACAAGGGCAAAUGGGUAUGUGUACCAGUUCUUUGGGCCCUGGACACCUUUGAAAAUAUGGUGAGAGGUCUGUUUCUUCUUUCCAGAGAAGUAUACAUAUAGUCUAAGUUUGGAUUGUAAUUUUGGGUGUUUCACUUUCCCUAAGGCCUAUACCCUUUUGCCUUAUGUUAAUCUUAGAUUAAAGGAAGAACUGACAUCAGGUAAGAGCAAUCGUGUAAGGCAUUGGUUCUCAAAGUAUGGUCUUAGGUAACUCAUUAGAACUGCACAUUAUCAUGUCCCACCCCCCAAAAUUGUGUUGGGACCCAGACUUUUGUGUUUUAACAAGCUUCCCAGGUGAUUCCACCAUACCUGGAACAGUUCUCUGGGUAAACCAUGUAGUCCUAUGUGGUCCUGCUUGUGCCUCACACCUCCCGUCCUGCACCUUUGAGGGAACGCCUGCCAUCCUCUUGUUGUAGCAGUACUCUAUU